AUGCCAAUCUCGAGGAAGAAGUCGUGCGCUCACUGUCGCCAAUCCAAGCUGCGCUGCAACCUUGACACGCCGUCGUGCUCGCAGUGCACGCGGCGCUGCUUCAAGUGUGUUUACGACGGUAGGGACUUGGAUCGCGUGGCUCCCUACUCCUUCCAAGCCUCGUCCACGUCGGCGGCCUCCAUUUCGGAUCUAUCGUCUGCGGUGGACACGUCGGCCGCCAUCAACGCCUUCGAGCAUUCUGACGUCAUCUCUGGGACAGCCACUGGCCUCGCCGCGACAGCAGCAGAAGACGAUGCGCUGCUCGACUUCAGUGGUGGAGGUUUAUCCAUUGACUGGCUCGCCCAAGGCCACCCUGCGUACUCUGUCCUGGAGUCGCCCAAUUCUUUCGACAUCGACACCAUCGAGCUGCCAACCGUCGCUUCACGAGAUUUCUUCUACGGCACCCACAAACAGCAAAACUUUACCACUCUCAAUACUGAAGUCCAGCACUUCCCGCAUCGCAGCACCGUCAACCCGGAGCUGUCGCAGAGAGACACUCGAGGAGCACUCAGCCCAGCCCACGAUGUCCACCUCGUCUCCAUCACUGCGCCCUCGGACCAGAAGAUCCUGCGAAGGCGCAUAUUCCUCAAGGACUGCGUACUGACAUCCGUAGUUCUUGGCCAGCUGACAGGCUACCCCAAGAUGAUGGUCGAGGGCGACCUGCUGCCGCCAUUCAUCCAGCCGCCCUGCCACUAUGACGAGGAACAGGCUCCCAGGUGCCGCGUCGCUGGUAGUCACAAAUGCCUGCCCGAAAUCCUCGCCAUCUGUGCCAGCUUAGUGGAGAUGUUCUACUCGCGGACGCAGGCCAACGAACGAUUUGUGUGGACGACUAUCUACGCUGAGCGGGCCAGGCUGCGUAAGAAGUUUGCUACAUUUGAUCGUCAUGAUCAACUCGCUGCCGUCCAGUCCGUCACUGUAUUCAUGCUCUUACAGGCUGACGAUCCGAGUACCAUCGAUAGAAACGACUCGGGAGCCCUUCUCGGCACAGCUAUGGAGUUCAUCGUCAUCUUGUCGAGCAAUCACACGCGGCAGCCUGAACCGCUGAGGAUGCGGCCGGUCCGACGCGAAUGGGCUUUUCAUGAGUCUCUCAGACGUAUAGCGUCCAUCUUUUGCAUCGUAGACCUCCUCCUCGAAGGCAUGCACCCUCCCGAGGGCCAUACCUGCGAGGAGGGCGUUGCCUUUGCCCGGAACCUUCUGCCUUGCAGCCGGGACCUCUGGGAGGCGCGCUCGACUAGCCGCUGGAUCAUGCACUAUGACAGUUAUCUAUUGCGCAGCGAGACGGACGAGGAACUGAGGGGCCAUCGCUUGCUCGAGUCGAAACUGUCGAGCGGCCACAGUGGCAUCCACAGCAGCUGCAUGGGAUCGCCAGAAAGCAGGAGCCCGGAUGCAGAUGUGCUGCGGUGGUGCGAGGGGCUGGACAUGCUGGGCACGCUGAUUUGGAUGGUGGUACCUCUAUAUCGCUAUCGAAUCGAGCAAAGCCGGGAGCGAAUGGCUGGGUAA